AUUUUCAAAUUUCAACAUAUUUACGAACUUCGACAAAAGACAAAGAACUAAAUGAGAAAUAACAACGACAAAAAUAUAAUAUAAAAUGAUUUCAAAAAAUAAAAUAAAAUAAAAUAAAAACCAACUCCGCUCUAAGCACCUCAUAUAGUUUUGCUCUGCUCCAAUAUCUCAUAAAUCUGGUGAACAGAACAAUCAUUACUUGCAGUAGUUCACCUUAUCUCUCUUUUUCCCUCUUAUCUCUCUAUCCUAUGAAUAGGCAUUUUUCAUAAGCAUACUCAGAGAAAAAAGAAAAACCCAAAAAACCAUGACUUUUAGCAGAAGCAACCUCUUAAAACAUUUCCUCUUACAUCUUCUUCUCCUUCUUCUCCCUAAACUCCUCCAAGCUCUUAACACUGAUGGUGUAAUUUUACUCUCUUUCAAAUAUUCCAUCCUCAAUGACCCUCUCUCUGUUCUACGCAACUGGAACUACGACGACGAAACACCAUGUUCCUGGACAGGUAUCACUUGUACGGGGCUUGGGAAUCCAAACUCUCCAGACAUGUUUAGAGUUACAAGCUUGGUUCUUCCAAACAAACAGCUUCUUGGUUCUGUUUCUCCAAGCUUGUUUUCAAUCCCAAAUCUAAGAAUCUUGGAUCUCUCCAACAAUUUCUUUCAUGGGUCACUGCCGGAUUCAGUCUCCAACGCUACUCAGCUUCGUGUUCUGUCCUUUGGGAACAACAACGUUUCCGGUGACUUGCCUGAUCGUAUCAGCAACAUGGCUACUCUCCAGCUUUUGAAUCUCUCCGCUAACGCCUUCACCGGUAAAAUCCCUCAAAACCUCUUACUUCUCAAGAAUCUGACGGUUCUGGAUCUUUCCUCAAAUCUUCUUGACGGAUCCAUUCCUCCGGAUUUCAAAGGAACAAGUCUCCAUUACCUCAACCUAUCACACAAUAAACUCACUGGCGUUAUUUCUCCCGUUUUCGCCGAGAAAGUUCCAGCAACCGCCAUUAUCGAUCUCUCCUUCAACAAUCUCACAGGACCGAUCCCUAGUACCCCACCAAUGCUUAACCAAAAGACCGAGUCUUUUUCUGGCAAUCUAGGCUUGUGUGGACAGCCAUUGACGACCCUCUGUUCAAUCCCUUCUACUAUUUCAGACCCACCAAAUAUCUCUGACACUACUUCACCAGCUGCAAUAGCAGUCAUGCCCAGAACUUCACCUCCAACGAACCCUUCACCAGAAUCACCAAACCAAACAGCCAAAAGCAAACUAAAGCCAAGCACCAUCGUUGGAAUCACAGUUGCAGAUAUAGCUGGUCUAGCUAUCAUUGGCAUGUUCAUCCUCUACCUAUACCAGCUCAAGAAACGAAGAAGCUACCAAGAGUACAGCACUUUCAAAGUCUUGAAAGACUGUCUGGACAAAAACGAUACAUGGUCCGAAAAGAAACCGAGUCACAACCCGAAACAGAGCGUAUCCGAAUCGGAGAACACGAAAUCUCCAGAUGCGAAAACGAGAUGGGGCUCGUGCAUAAUCAGAAAAUACGACGAGACAUCAUCAGAAGCUAAUAGCUCUGAGAGUGACUUAGAGAACCAGCUUCAAGACGAAAAGACCAUUGAGGCGUUUAAUCGAACAGAUGGUGGACGAUUGAAACACAACUCUCGAACUCAACUUGUCACCGUCGACGGAGAGACACAUCUGGAGCUAGAUACUCUACUAAAGGCGUCUGCUUACGUUUUGGGGACUAGCGGAAGCGGAAUCGUGUAUAAAGCGGUGUUAGAGAACGGCGCGGCUUUUGCAGUGCGGCGGAUCGGAGCGGAGAGUUGUACGGCGGCAAAAUUGAGGGAGUUCGAGCGGGAAGUUCAGGGAAUCGCUAAGCUUCGACACCCAAAUCUCGUUAAAGUUCGUGGCUUCGUAUGGGGGAACGAAGAGAAGCUUCUCAUCUCCGACUAUGUCCCAAAUGGAAGCCUACAUUUUUCCUCCAUCUACGUAAAAUCAGGCUCGUCUUCUACAUCUUCGCAAACCCCUCUCUCCUUUGAGGCACGGCUCAAGAUAGCAAGAGGCAUAGCUCGAGGAAUUGCCUACAUCCAUGACAAGAAGCAAGUGCAUGGCAAUAUCAAGCCAAAUAACAUUCUCUUGGACUCCGAGUUUGAGCCAAUAAUUACAGAUAUGGGUGUUGACCGCCUAAUGACUCAAGCCCAUUCACUCACGGCUGGCCCAACAUCGAGCUCACAGCACCAUCCACCAGAAUGGUCUACAAGCCAGAAACCAAACCCCAAAUGGGACGUCUAUUCCUUUGGUAUCAUACUUUUGGAGCUUCUCACUUUCUUGGUCGAUCAAGAUUUGGUUCGCAAUUCGGAGAUCGAUGAGAAAAGUUGGUUGUUGAGGUUGGUUGAUGGGACGAUUAGGGCUGAAGUGGUUCACCGUGAGGAUGAGACGGUCACAUGCUUUAAGUUAGGCUAUGGUUGUGUAUCUUCCUUGCCUCAAAAGCGACCGUCCAUUAAGGAAGUGGUGCAAGUGCUAGAGAAAAUGUUUGUUUAGCUGUUUAUUAAUUUAGCAAAAUUAGCAUGAAUUAGU